AUGGUGACUUCCAUCAAGAAUAUCUAGCAACAGACUAUUUUCAAGUAGUUUAGGUAUGAUUUGUGCUUUAAAACAGAAGAUUUAUCAGAAGAGGUUAAAUUUAAGCAAGCUUUCGGCAGCUAUUAGUAGUAUAAUAGAUCCUUUUGCUUUAACUUAAAGGAGUUAUGGGUAUUUAUUGAUUAAGUGAAGUAACUAAAAAGAAAUGGUAGCAACAAUUCUGCUAUGAUCAGUGAAUCGAGUUUUGCAUCUGUAUUUUCAAAUAGUUCAAUGGGGGCAAGCUAGAAAAAUCUUUCCAGAAGCAAUUCUUCUCUAAGUAAUAAGUAGUCUUAGAGACUUGUUGAUUAAUUGAAAAGGUUGAAAGAAAUAACUUAGUACACAGUCGAUAACUAAUUUAUGGAAAACUAAUUCAUUCUAGAAAUCGUUAUUCAAUUUGAUAAAAGUUUAUUCGGAGUGAUUUCUAACAGAUAAAUAUCAUUGCCUAUCAAUAUUUAUUAAAAGAAGGAGAUUAUUUAGUAGAAAUUAAUAGAUGAUCUUUACUAAAUUUACCAACCAAAGUUAUUUAAGCAAAACUAUUAUUCGAUUGCAGAAAAUUUCAGUGAUUAUAUUUGA